CCUGAGUAAAGCGCAACGCCAGCCUUAGAUUCUCAGGCUACAAAUUAGUCCCAGUUCCCGCAAUAAAAAUCCGGUGCCUUUAUUUCAAUUACUCCGAAUCUGUGAAAUCAGAGCAACAAGUGAUGUGACAUUGGGUUUUGUGAAGCAAAUAAAGCGAGAACAGAAAAUAGUGAAUUCAAAUCUCGAUUAAUUCCGCUUUAAAACAAAAAGCAACAAAGUAAAAGUUAAAAGGGCCGGCAGCUGAUUCGACUCCCGUUACGCAUUCGCCCCAUUGUCCAGUUGCGAUUUUUAUACAUUUUCCGUGUGUGUCGCCCGCGUUUGUUUUCACUGGGAUUUCGAACAGCUUUCCAAUUGUGUUUUGUGUAUUUAAUAGUUUCGCAUAUAUAGACCAAUAUAUCCGGAAGGGAAUCGAUUGUGGCCGCGGGCGUGAGACCACAGCAAGAUGUCAUUCGAUAUAGCCGUGGCCGAUCAGAUGCGCAUUGCACUGAACUACGUCAAGUUCAAGACAAACCAGCAGCGCCUGCGCAGCAAUGACAAGGUCAUCGCCGACACGGUCUACGGCAAGGUGAAGGGGGUGAAGUGGCAGUCGAUCUACGGCAACAACUACUACAGCUUCGAGGGCAUCCCGUUUGCCAAGCCCCCGGUGGGCGAUCUCCGUUUCAAGGCGCCCGUGGAGCCCGACCACUGGACAGAGGUGAAGAGGUGUACACGGGUCCGCUCUAAGCCCUGUCAGGUCAACAUUGUUUUGAAGCAGGUGCAAGGCAGCGAGGAUUGCCUGUAUCUUAAUGUCUACACAAGGGAGCUGCAUCCUCACAGACCUUUGCCGGUUCUGGUUUGGAUUUAUGGCGGCGGCUUUCAAAUGGGCGAAGCCUCGCGGGAUCUCUACAGUCCGGAUUACAUAAUGAUGGAACAUGUGGUUCUGGUGGUUAUAUCCUAUCGCCUAGGAGCCUUAGGCUUCCUCAGUCUUGAAGACGAAGAGCUGGAUGUUCCUGGAAAUGCUGGACUCAAGGAUCAAGUGAUGGCCUUACGAUGGGUAAAUCAGAAUUGUAAAUUCUUUGGUGGCGAUCCGGAAAAUAUAACCGUUUUUGGUGAGAGUGCUGGAGGAGCAUCCACUCACUACAUGAUGCUGACCGAUCAGACAAGAGGACUCUUCCACAAGGCAGUAAUAAUGUCUGGGGCGGCUCUGGCACCCUGGGCUCAGACUCCUACUCAUAUAAAUUGGCCCUAUCGCUUAGCCCAGGCAACUGGUUACACGGGGGAAGCAACGGAUCGGGAUAUAUUUGCUUAUCUUAAGAAGUGCAAGGCCAGCAGUAUGCUAAAGGUGGCCGAGGAUAUUAUCACUAUGGAGGAGCGUCAUCAGCGUCUGACUAUGUUUAGCUUUGGACCCACAAUCGAACCCUACUUGACCUCACAUUGUGUGAUUCCCAAGUCCCCACUGGAAAUGAUGCGCGACUGUUGGGGCAACAGCAUUCCUAUGGUCAUCGGAGGCAACUCCUUCGAGGGCCUCCUUAUGUUCCCUGAGGUUAACAAGUGGCCUGAAUUACUUUGCCAGCUGGGUAACUGCGAAAAUCUCGCUCCCAUGGAUGCCCAGCUAAAUGAGGAGCAAAGAAGAGCCUUCGGCAAGCAAGUGCGGGAGCUAUACUUUGGCGAUAGGACCCCUGGUAGGAAGACCAUAUUGGAGUACAGUGAUCUCUUCUCGUACAAAUAUUUCUGGCACGGCAUCCAAAGGACUUUGCUCUCGCGUGCCCAUCACGCUCCAUUGGCUCCAACGUUCCUAUACCGCUUCGACUUCGACUCCAAGCACUUCAAUAUCAUGCGAAUUAUCACCUGUGGGCGCAAGGUGCGCGGCACCUGUCAUGCUGAUGAUCUAUCCUAUUUGUUUUACAAUGCUGCUGCCAAGAAGCUAAAACGCCGCACAGCCGAGUUCAAAACAAUAAAGCGGCUAGUUUCCAUGGUCGUUCAGUUUGCAAUUUCGGGGGAUCCCAAUAUCCCGAUGGUCUACCAGGAUGAGAAGGAACAGCCGCAGGGUGCGUGGCUGCCCAUUUCUCGGGAGGAUGAGGUUUUCAAGUGCCUAAAUAUAUCGCACGAUGUGCAUGUGAUUGAUUUGCCCGAGGCCGAGAAGCUGCGACUUUGGGACAGCAUCUACGACAGAGAACUCCUGUACUGAAAGACCCAGCCAUCUGCCUUCGCCUAACACUCCCCAUCGCAAUAACAUUUAUCAAUAGCAAUAUAGCCUUAUUCGUAGGUAUUAGCCCCUAAGCUGGCCCUGGGGUGGCCUUAAAAGCACAUCAAAUGUACACAUGUAAAUAGUGAUUUUUUAAAGCCUAGCAAUAAGAGUAAAUACAUCAAAAUAUAUACACAAA